CCCGAGGGUCUGUUAUAUCUCUGUUCCUUGAGUACCUCUCUCACUGAGACCGACCACAGCAAGCAGAGGCUGAAAAAAAAAAAGAGCAAAGAGGAAGAAAACAAAAGCUGCCAGUUAUGGAAGAUGUAAAGGAUUCCAAACUCAGGAGAUUUUGUUCCAAAAAUAUACUGAUCAUCCUUGGCUUCUCCUCUAUAAUAGCUGUGAUUGCUUUGAUAGCUGUGGGGCUGACCCAGAACAAACCAUUGCCGGAAAAUAUGAAGUAUGGGAUUGUGCUGGAUGCAGGCUCUUCUCACACGACUUUGUACAUCUAUAAGUGGCCAGGAGAAAAGGAGAAUGACACAGGGGUGGUGAAUCAGUUAGAAGAGUGCAAGGUAAAAGGUCCUGGAAUCUCACAAUAUGCUAAUAAAACACAUGAAAUAAGCAUUUAUCUGACUGCAUGCAUGGAAAGAGCCAAGGAAGUGAUUCCAAAGUCCCAGUACCAAGAGACACCUGUUUACCUGGGAGCCACGGCAGGCAUGCGGUUGCUCAGGAUAGAAAAUGAAGGGUUGGCAGACAACGUCCUGAUUGCGGUGACACAGAGCCUCAGCAAAUACUCCUUUAACUUCCAGGGUGCCAGAGUCAUCAGUGGCAGAGAGGAAGGUGCCUACGGCUGGAUUACUAUCAACUAUCUGCUGGGAAAAUUCAUUAAGAAAUCGAGGUGGUUCAACCUGAUGACAAAUGAAAGCGAUAGUCAGGAAACUUAUGGAGCUUUAGACCUUGGGGGAGCCUCUACGCAAAUCACUUUUGUGCCCCAAAACCAGACUAUUGAGUCUCCACAGAAUGCCCUGUACUUCCGUCUAUAUGGCAAGAACUACAAUGUAUACACACAGAGCUUCUUGUGCUAUGGGAAGGAUCAAGCGCUCUUGCAGAAAUUGGCCAAGGACAUUCGGGAGACAGACAAAAUCCUCAGGGACCCGUGCUUUAACCAUGGAUACAACAGGGUAAUGAACAUUAGUGACCUUCAAGACAGCCCUUGCACCAAGAAAUACAAGAAGAUACUUGAAUUCCAACAAUUGCAAAUUCAGGGCACUGGAAACUUUCAACAGUGCCAGCAAAGCAUCUUUCAACUCUUCAACACAAGUAACUGCCCUUACUCGCACUGCUCCUUUGAUAAGAUUUUCUUGCCGCCACUCCGAGGACAUUUUGGGGCAUUUUCAGCUUAUUACUAUGUGAUGAAGUUUUUAAACCUUACAUCAGAGGAACCCUAUUCUCAGGAAAAGGUGAUUGACACGGUGGAAAAGUUCUGCUCUCUGCCUUGGGAAGAGCUGAAGAGAAAUUUUGGUGAAGUACAUGAGAAGUAUCUGAGUGAAUACUGCUUUUCCGGAACCUACAUUAUCUCUCUCCUUCAGAGGGCCUAUCACAUCACACCUGAUUUCUGGAAGAAUAUUCAUUUCAUGGGCAAGAUCCAGAACAGCGAUGUGGGAUGGACUCUGGGCUACAUGCUGAACCUGACCAACAGGAUCCCAGCUGAGCAGCCACUGUCUGCACCUCUCUCCUACUCCACCUAUGUCUUCCUCAUGGUCCUCUUCUCCCUGAUCCUGGUCGCAGUGGUCAUCACAAGCUUGCUCGUCUUUCGCCAGCCUUCGUAUUUCUGGAAAGAUGUGGUAUAGCAGGAGCAGCUGAAAUCUGCUGGCUGGAGUGAGGAAAAAACUUGCCCAGGGAGCACUUUCCUCCACAGUAGUGCACAAGGUCAUCAUCCUUCCUUGCUCACCAAGGCCAGUCUUGAUCAACAUGAAGCUUCCCUGGCUUUGCUGAAGCCUUUCCUUGGGAGAUAUUCACCACCUUCUGCCUCAAGGACUUCCUGGCAGACAGUGUCUCUUUCAUCUUGCCUUUCCCAACUCCCUCUUUCUGUUUUGUACUCUGUGCUCGGCAUAGGUCUUAAAAACCUACCACUUUUCAUCUUUACUUUAUAAAUGACCAAUACUGACUUUGUCCAGAAGAACAGAGUCCUGAGUCCUGUGCUGAGAAGUUGCGCUGGCUACAGAAGAAUCUCAGCUGUAUUCUUUCAGACACUUUCUCUCUCAUUUCCCAUUUAUUAAGAAAGCCAUAUAAUGCCUUUGGAGAGGGCAGACACCCAUCCCAUUCUCAGCCUGCCCUUUGCAUAGGAGAAUUUUCUAUACUAGGCAAAUAUAUGCUAGGGCCAAAGAGUCUUGCAAUGGAAUUUAUGUGCUUGUGUGGUUAAUACAAUACUUACUCUAAUCUGAAACAGGGAUGUGAGUGAAUCACAUAUUUCUGGGUGAUGCCAAAAUGCUACAGAGAGGAACACCCAGAUCAGAGAUUUUUAAAAAGCUGAUGUACAUAUAGGCAUUCAGAUAUCAGGGCACACUACAUGGUAGGUAUAUACAUGCCAGGAAAAAAUAUAUAGUUACAACACAGGGCUGGGAAAAUGCAUCCUUCACUGCAUAUAUCGGGGUUUUGUUUUUAUUGUUGUAAAAUUCAAAUAACAUAAAAUUCACCCUUAUAACACGUACAAUUCAGUGACAUUUAGUGCAUUCAUAAUGUUGUGCAACCAUCACUACUAUCUAAUUCCCGAGUAUUUUUAUCACCAAGAAAUUGGCUAGAGACAAGACCAUUCAUUCCUGAGUAGGCUCAAACCACCUACCUUUCAGUUAAUAGCCAAAUAUGCUAAUCAACUGCACUACAAAGAUGCUAUUGCGUUUUAAAGCCAUGCCAUGUCUUAUUGUCCCAGGGUUUACUUUAAUGAGAGAGCUGCAUUAGUGUAGAAUGGUGUGUCUUUUCACAGUCGUGGUAUUUACACAUCAAAAUGUGCCAGGAACCAGAUCUUAAAAUGUUGAUGCUACCCCUGACAUAUAAGUAUGAGUUCUAUUUACUUAUCCCACGGAAUAUUUUGUAGCUACGACCUUGUGAUGAAAAUAUUAAGAGACCCUGUACCUUCUUCCCUUAAGAAAUGCUACAAGAGUUACCUGUUGAGCAGGACAGAGUGGUGAUGUGUUACUCUGACCUUCCCCCAGGCUCUCCAUCUCUGUAUCUGGGGAUUGACUGCUGGUCUGGUAGAGGGCAGGGGGAGGAGAGGAGGAGGACAAUCUCUCCCACAAACAGGAUGUCAAAUAUCCCUACAUCUCUUGAAUAAUCAAGUCACUGUUGACGACAUCCAAGUGAAUAUAAGCUUAAUAAAGCUGUGGACAGGAACAUUUUCUUUUCUGAUACAAUUGAACUUGUUGUACCUUGAUUGGGAAUGAGAAGCCAAAUUAGGACAUGUUUAAACUCCUUCUAGUGGUAGUUGGUUAUAUUAGUGUAGUCAGUACUUAUUGAGCAUUUGUUGUGUACUAUGCUGUGUGCCCAAGUGCAUUACAUUCAUUUUCUCAUUUAACCCUCACAACAAUCUGUAAGUAGGUACUACCAUUCCUCUUCACAGAAACAGAAACUGAGGUUCAGAGAGGUUAAGUCACUUGCUCAAAUGGCUGAGCUAAAGCCUGGCAUGCACUUAAUCAUUAUUUUCUCUCUCAAAUAUACUUCUAGAUUGCCUCCUUAUAACUUCUAAGCAUGCACUUAGCUCUGCAUGAAUACAGGGCUUAUGGGCAUGGUGAAAAGGAAAGUAGACAGAUAACCUGUUUCCUGAUGGACUUGUGACUUAAUAUUGCUUUAAGUUCACAGAGGCUGUAAUGGUAAGUGUGACACUCUGUUUGUAUACUUCGCACGGUAACAAAUGUGCCGUAUGAUGCUAAUCUAUGAUUCCCAUACUCCUGGCUUCUUUACUGUUUGCUCACUGAACAGCAGUUCAGCAUCAAAUAAAUAGUUGAUAAUGAUGGAAAAAAAAAUUCUUUAAGGAAUUUGAGAGCCAAACUCCACUUAUAAAUCUCAAAUCAUGGAGAUGAUCGGCAAGUACAACCUAAUCUUAUUCCUGUUGGCGAGAAAGAUGGUUUUGAGACACAUCCAGAAAUCUUCUUUGGGCCAUUCUGGAUGAGGAAAGCCAAAUAAAGUUGAUUACUAUCAAUCAGUUUUAACAUUGGAUUUCUCACUGGUUGUAAAUGAUUACCAUUUUUUUCUGGACUUUCACCCAAAUUUGGUUCUGGUGACCCCAUUCCCUUAGAAAGUGGGAAACUUUAUGAACCCAAAGGGGUAAAAAUCAGAAGUGGUUAUUUCUAUGGACAAAAAAAGUGAAGUUAA